AUGGUUGGCCUCAUAUUUGUCCUCACAAUAGAACUCCGUGUUAUUCACCCAUACUUGAUCUCAUUCAUUCGAACCCUCCGAAACCGAGCAAUUAACCCUCGCGCCGGUGAUCCUCUCGAGAUAGGAGACGAUGACGGCCUCACGGCCCCUGGCGAGGGCCCUCUCCCUCGCUCCGGCCUCCGACUCACGGACGAGGCGCGCAGCCUCCCGCCGCCGCCACUCGUCCUCCCUGGCCGCCCGCUCCUCCUCCAGCCUUUCGAGCACCUCCGCCACCUUCCGGUGCAUGCUCUCUUGGUGCUCCACCACACGCUGAACCAAAUCCCUGAAAAACUCCGCCAUCGGGAUAACCCCUUCACCACCGCCAUUCUUCUUCUUCUUCUCCUUCUUCCUUCGCUUCCUUUUCUCUUCGGGCCCCAACGGUUUGUAUAUGGCUUCGAGCUCGCCGAAGUCGGUCAAGCCGUGGUUGGGUACUUUGUGGGCCAUGGUUUCCGCAGAAAUUUAAUACCAGAAGGAAGUGGGUGGUUGUUUAAUACUAGUCGAAUCUUGUUGAUUUUGCCAACAAGCCUCUUCCUCAAAGCGCUCACUCUCAUGGAGCAGGCUACAGUCACCGGCAGCCUCUUCAUUAAUAAUGCUACACUCUUUCUCACUAUUAUAUUCAUUAAUAUUGUUUGUCGAGCAAACCUCGUUGAGGCCGAGCUUGAAGUUCAGGGCCGGGAAAUAGGACGAAUUGUAGUGGUGGGUCUGCGGCGGGAGGAAGUGGGGCGGGUCGAGGAAGAGGCGGUGGCCGUGGAUUUGGUCGGGAAAAUGGGUCGGGUGCAAAACCGGGUUGCUGUUGUCGGUGGCUGA